AUGAAGAGAGAUAUCUCUCCGGAUAUUCUUUUCCUCAUGGAAACAAAAAAUCCCGACAGCUUCGUCAAGAAGAAAACAGACUCGUUACAGUACGAGAACUCACUCUUGAUAUCGCCAACUAGUCACGGAGCUGGUGGCCUUGCUCUCUUCUGGAAACAGGAAAUCAAACUUCAAAUUCUAAGCUCCUCGGCAAACUGUAUUGAUACCUCUAUUGAAUUUGAAGGAAAACAUUUUUUUGCUUCUUUCAUCUAUGCUGAUACAUAUAUACCGAAAAGAAGAACCCUAUGGGCUAGGCUAAUAGAGCAGAGUACAAGAAGAGACGCUCCUUGGUUCUUGACGGGAGAUUUCAACGAUUUGCUGAACAAUGUAGAAAACGUGGGAGGUCCGGCCAGGACUGAGGGGUCCUUCACGGACAUGAGAACGUUCUAUUCCGAGGGGGACCUCUAUGAUUUGCGCCAUUCGGGAGACUGUCUGUCUUGGCGAGGAAAGAGAGGAGAUUAUCUUGUGCGGUGUCGACUGGACCGUGCAGCGGCAAAUAGUUACUGGGCGGAGCUCUUCCCGAACGCACGAUCACAAUAUUUGACGUACGAAGGCUCCGACCAUAAGCCCAUACUGUCAUUCUUCGAGCCUGAUAAAAAGAAAAGACGCGGCCUAUUUAGAUAUGAUAGGAGACUCAAGUACAACCCGGAGGCUAAAGCUCUAAUUAAACAAGCCUGGGAUAGUACCCCAUACUCAUCUGUCAAUGACAGAAUCAAAGAGAAACGCUUUGAACUGGAGGCAACCUUGACUGACCCGACAAAUGACACUGAGCUCAUCUCGAGAGUCUCCAACGAACUAAACGAUGCAUAUAACUCAGAGGAGGAAUAUUGGAGACAAAGAAGUCGACUACUCUGGCGCAGCCUCGGAGACCGCAAUACCGGCUUCUUCCCCGCCACAGCAAAGAACCGGAAACGAGCAAAUGCAUUCACGGUGAUUGAAGAUGCAGAGGGCAACAUGGUCUAUCAAGAAGAUCAGAUAGGGAGAGUGAUCGUUGAGUAUUUUCAUGAGCUAUUCAAGACUAUUGAGGGCAACAGAGAGGAAACCGUAAUGCGUGCUCUAUCACCAAUGGUGAGCGCAGAAACGAACGAGAAGCUAAUUACAGUCCCAAAAGCUGCAGAGAUCAAAGAGGCCCUAUUCUCUAUUCAUGCCGACAAAGCACCGGGACCAGACGGAUUCUCAGCGAGCUUCUACCAUACCAACUGGGACACUGUCGGCCCUGAGAUAGUGAGAGAGAUCCAGGAUUUCUUCCUCACGGACAGACUCCCCGAGAGGAUCAAUGAGACACAUAUUAGGCUCAUACCGAAAGUGCCUAGCCCGCAGCAAGUCACGGAGUAUAGACCUAUUGCACUUUGCAAUGUCUACUGCAAGAUUAUAUCCAAGAUCCUUACGAAGAGACUCCAGCCACUCCUCUCAAACAUAGUCUCCGAGAACCAGUCUGCAUUUGUACCGGGACGAAUGAUAUCGGACAAUGUCCUGAUCACCCACGAGGUUUUACACUAUCUCAAGAACUCUGAUGCGGAGAAGAGAUGUGCCAUGGCGCUUAAAACCGACAUGAGUAAGGCUUAUGACCGCCUUGAAUGGGAGUUUAUAAGAUUGGUUUUUCAGAGACUAGGCUUCCAUCCCAAAUGGAUCUCAUGGAUCAUACAAUGUGUGUCCACUGUUACGUACUCCUUCCUCAUUAACGGUUCACCUAGAGGAAGAGUCACACCGAGCCGGGGGAUCCGUCAAGGAGACCCACUCUCACCUUACAUAUUCAUACUAUGUAGUGAGGUUCUCUCGGGCUUAUGUAGCAAAGCACAAGAAGAAGGCUCCCUUAAAGGGAUCAAAGUGUCUCGAGGGACUCCUCGGAUCAACCAUCUUCUAUUCGCGGACGACACAAUGUUCUUCCUACGAGCCAGCAAGGACAGUGCCGAGGCACUCACAAAAGUUCUCAAGCUUUACGAGGAGGCUUCGGGACAGUCGAUCAAUUCAGACAAGUCUUCUAUUACCUUCUCCUGGAAUACGCCGGCGGCACUGAAGACAGUUGUUCAUGAUACACUGUCGAUACAAAAAGAAGGUGGGGUUGGAAAGUAUCUCGGUUUGCCGGAACACUUCGGUAGAAAGAAAUGCGAUCUGUUUUCCUCCAUUGUUGAUCGGAUCAAGCAAAAGGCAAAGGGGUGGUCCAACAGAUUCCUAUCUACAGCAGGGAAGAUGACCAUGCUCAAGAGUGUUCUAUCUCCUGUUCCAUCGCACGCGAUGUCCUGCUUCCAACUACCAAUUUCUUUGUGCAAAAGAAUUCAGUCAACGCUCACCCGGUUCUGGUGGGAUGAUAGCAUGGGGCGCAAGAAGAUGUCAUGGAUCGCCUGGAAUAAGCUCAUUCGUCCCAAGGAUCAGGGUGGUCUUGACUUCAGAGAUAUACAGAGCUUCAAUGAGGCAUACUUGGCCAAACUAGCAUGGCGGAUAAUCAACAACCCCGACAAGCUCAUAGGACGCAUCCUGCUCGGCAAAUACUGUCCCAACGAACCUUUCCUCGCUGUUGAGUUUAAAAGAGACAUCUCUCAUGGAUGGAGAGGGGUCUUGAUAGGCCGGGAUAUUGUAAUGAGCAAUGCGAGUUGGGAAGUAGGCAAUGGUGAAAGUAUCAACAUAUGGACAAAACUGUGGCUUAGUUGCGAAACACAAGAGAGCCCAAUGGGACCGGCCCCACUACAGUACCUAAAUCUCACUGUCUCUGAUUUCUUUCUCCCAAACAGCAGGGAGUGGAACGUCGACAUGAUACGACGGGUGCUACCUAUGGAGGAACAGAAAAUUCUAGCGAUUAAACCGAGUGUCACGGGAGCGCCGGACAAGCUGUCUUGGCUUGGAGCAAAAUCAGGAAGCUACACUACCAAGUCAGGCUACGCAACUGCCCUCUCAACCAUAACGGAUCCUAUGGAUACCUCGAUAGCAGAUCAGUCCUUUGACUGGAAGAAAGCUGUUUGGACGCUCAAAACAUCACCAAAGACAAAGCUCUUUGUAUGGAAGGCACUUCAUGGAGCAAUCCCAGCAGGAGAAGCACUUAGAGCGCGACAGAUAAAUGUUGAUGGGAAGUGUAAGAGAUGCAACCUACCGGAAACUAUAGAUCACUUGUUCUUUCAUUGUCCUUUCGCAAAACAGGUUUGGACCUCGGCCCCUAUUUUCCCAAGUAUUGAGUACAAUGGAUCUAUAGUUUUGAGGAACCAAUGGAUCAACCUCAUCUCAAGGAAGAACUUACCGCCAACGGGAGUAGAAGGACAACUCGCGCCCUGGAUCCUUUGGGGAAUUUGGACGGCAAGAAACAAUCUGGUUUUCAACGACAAGCUCACCUCCGCAGCUGAAACGCUUUCAAAAGCCAUCUAUUUGGCCCGGGAAUGGGGAACCUGCCAAACCAUCUCCAGCCCUUUACCGGCUGUUCCCCCAACGUUAGCCCAAGCCUCCCCAAACUGUAUUGUCGUAAAAUCUGAUGCUGCGUGGAAUGAAAUUUUGAACGUUGCAGGACUUGGAUGGGUGAUGGAAGGACAAAACAGAACAUCCUCAUUCUCAUUACCGGCUCACCAUGUGAGGACCCCGUUAGCUGCUGAGGCCCUGGCUCUCAGAGAGGCAAUAUGGAAGUGUAGAGAACUAGGAUUCACGAGAAUACGUUGCGAAUCAGACUCCGCAGUGCUAGUGAAAGCGCUCAAAGAAGGUACGUUCUUGACUGGUCUCUAUGGGAUCUUGAUAGAUAUCCAAGCUCUUGCUUCAUCUUUUGAAUGUAUUUCUUUCAAUUGGAUUUCUAGGAAGAAAAAUGUAGAGGCUGAUGUGCUAGCAAAGCAGAUUUUAUCUGUUGAACUGGCCUUAAUGGCUUCACCAACUUUGGUCUGA